AUGGCUGAAACUUACAGAAAUCGAAAAGAAAGUAGUCGUUUAACAGAAUUAAGUCGUAUUCUGAUAACAUCAUCAUCACUGAAAGCCUAUAUUGAUCUGUUAGGACGAAAUCAUCGUCAGAGUAUUGCUUCUUGGCUUUACGGAAAUACAUCACAAAUCCUUAGCAGUCUUUUUCAUUAUCCAAACGGCAACAUUUAUUGUUCAGACUUGGAGAAUACAGUCACAAAUUCAGUUCGAAGCGGAAUAGGCCAUUCAGUGAAAUUAGCACUUCGUGAUGUUUAUGGGCCUGAAUACUGCACGAAAGGAUGGAAAGUAUUUGUCGAAAAAGGUGCACCUGUCGUUUAUGUAUCUCCUGGACUCCACAUCGAUUUAUUGCCAUUUUUAACUAAUGAAUUUACCAUUUGCGAUGUGGUUGUGCUGAAAAAGAUUGAAGGAGAAGUAUCUGAUAUUGAAGGUCGUAUUGAUCAUAAUGCUUUCGAAAAACAAUUGGAGACUGAUAUUAAUGAAGGUAGAAAGCCACUUAUUCUAAUUGGCGUCGUCGGUUCACCCAUUCUUGGUCAAAAUGAUAUGAUAAGUCGUAUUAUCGGAUUGAAAAAAUCGAAAGCACGAUUCUGGAUUCACAUUGUUGGUCAAGCUUUGGCAGCAUUAUGUAUUAAACAACCUCCUGAAGUGUUAGUGAAUGUUUUAUCAGGAAUUGAUAGCAUAACAGUGCCAUUAGCAACAUGGCUUGGCAUUCAUUCUGCGCCUGUUCUGACUCUGUAUCGUACGGUGGAAUCUUACAGACCAAGUUAUAAAGAAAAGCUUGAUACUCUUCCUUGGUGGAUUACUGUCGAACAUUUAACAUCUUCCACAAUCUCAAAAACUAUUGAGAUUGCAUAUAUACUGAGCAGAAUGAUGUUAAAAGGAUUAGCAUCUUUGCCACAAAUUAAUAUCAUAGGAAUCGAUAAUCCAGUUGAAUUCUUUAAUCGAGUGGAUAAAGGACAAUAUACUCCUCCAACUGUACUUGUUUUUCGAUAUAAGUAUGCUGAACUAGAAGAAUUUCGAAAGGUACCUGAGAAAAUUUGGAAGAAAAGGAGCUUACUUGGGCAAGGGUUAAUAACAGAUUGUCGACAACUUGGGUUGCAGAUGGUUGAAUUAAGUAAAAAACAUGGGACUGGAAUAAGGUUUUGUCCCUUGGAAUGUUGUGCUGGUACGUUUACGAUAUUCUUAUGUUUCUCUUUAGGGCUGAAAAUAUUGUGUUUAGCGAACGGUGCUGGUCCGAAUACGAUUCAAAAGUUUCUAAAAUCAUUGAAAGGAGCGCUUAACAUUGUGGAAUCUACUAUAGCUGCUAGGAAACGCUUUGUUGAAUUGAAAUCUAAUUACCCAUCUUUAAUUAUUUCUUCAAUGCCAAAGUGGGCUGGUAUCGGUGCAGUUUGUUAUAUCCCAACCAUUGUUAAAGAUACUGCUCCAGAUAAAUGGAAUGAAAAGCAGAAACAACAGGUUUCAUAUUUAAAUCUCGAACUUGUUCAUUCUUUGCGUGCUGUCGAUUCAGCAUUUUCAUCGGAUGAGAAUAGUAUUUAUGGAGUGUCGUGUGUUAAAUUUGGAAUGAUAUCUGACCAGAAAGACCUCAUUGAUCUCAUUAAUCUCGUAUCGGAUAGAGGCAAAGAAAUCGAACAGUCACAACAGUAUAUGGAUAGCUUAGCGCAAAUGAUUUUACAAGGUAUUGAAGCAGCAAAUCAAGAUUUGAAACGAGAAAACGAUGAACGACUUAUGCAAGAAGGUGUUAUGCGGCAAAUACCACUGAUGAGUUCAUUGGUGAACUGGUUUUCUCCUUUAGACAAAGAAGUGCAAAAUGUAAGAGGGAGAUCGUUUGAUCUGAAAACAGGUUAA